AUGGCAGCGAGCUGCAUCCAGGCGGCCAUGGCUCUGGGGCUCUCCUCCAAGAAAGCUUCCUCCAGGAAUAUCGCCGUGGAGAGGAAGAACCUCAUCACCGUCUGCAGGUUUUCAGUGAAGACCCUGCUGGAGAAGUACACGGCCGACCCCAUCGACGACUCCUCCGAGGAGUUCGUCAACUUYGCUGCCAUCCUCGAGCAGAUCCUCAGCCACCGCUUUAAAGGUAGCGCCGGCGUGCGGGGGCGGCGGGCGGCGGGCGGCCCCCGCCGUGACAGCGUCACCGCCGUGUCCCCAGGCCCCGUGAGCUGGUUCAGCUCGGAUGGGCAGCGCGGCUUCUGGGACUACAUCCGCCUGGCCUGCAGCAAGGUGCCCAACAACUGCGUCAGCAGCAUCGAGAACAUGGAGAACAUCAGCACCUCCAGGGCCAAGGGCCGGGCCUGGAUCCGGGUGGCCCUGAUGGAGAAGCGCAUGUCCGAGUACAUCUCCACGGCGCUGCGGGACACGCGGACCACGCGGAGGUUUUACGACGACGGGGCCAUCAUGCUGCGGGAGGAGUCCACGGUGCUCACCGGCAUGCUCAUCGGGCUCAGCGCCAUCGACUUCAGCUUCUGCCUGAAGGGCGAGGUGAUGGACGGCAAGACGCCCGUGGUCAUCGACUACACGCCCUACCUGAAGUUCACGCAGAGCUAUGACUACCUGAGCGAGGAGGAGGAGCGGGGCAGCGUGGAGAGCAGCACGAGCGAGGACAGCUCGCCCGAGCACCCCUACCUGCCGCUCGUCACCGACGAGGACAGCUGGUACAACAAGUGGCGCAAGAUGGAGCAGAAGUUCCGCAUCGUCUAUGCCCAGAAGGGCUACCUGGAGGAGCUCGUGCGGCUGCGGGAGUCGCAGCUCAAGGACCUGGAGGCCGAGAACAAGCGGCUGAAGAUGCGUCUGGAGGAGGUGACGGUGCAGAACCAGCUGGAGAAGCGGGAGCUGGAGGGCGUCAUCCUGGAGCUGCAGGAGCAGCUGACGGGGCUCAUCCCCUGCGAGAACCCRCAGCUGGCCCAGCUCCCCAAGGACACGGUGCCGCCCCUGGGCAACCAGUGGCCCUCGCUGGGGACGCUCAACGGCCACGAGAGCGGCUCGGAGGGCAAGCUGUACCGCCGGCACAGCUUCGUGAGCACCGACCAGCUCUCGGCCGAGAACAGCCUCAGCUCCGACUCGCAGCGCCUGGGCGAGGGCAAGCGUGCCGGGGAGCCCUGGGGGCCCUUGGGGAAGGACCCCACGCCCUCCAUGCUGGGGCUCUGCGGCUCGCUGGCCUCGCUGCCCAGCUGCAAGUCCCUGGCCAGCCUCAAGUCCAACGAGUGCCUGGUGAGCGACAGCAACGACGGCAGCCCGGCGCGCAGCCCCAGCUGAGGCCCMCGGCGCCCGGCCAGGACUGAGCGCG